GGGUGGCGGGACCCCACCGAGAGCCGUCCGAGAGAGAAAGAGAGGAGAGGCCGCCGACUCGGGAGCAGCCUCUUCAACCUCUUGCCGCCGCGCGGAGACCCCAGGAUGCGAUCUUGCGACACGAGCCUCUUCGCCCUACGCAGCCAAUGCCCGCGGUCCGUCGCCUAGCUCCUCAUGCUAGUCUCGUCUUCCGAAUUGCUUGGGGCACAGCAUGAAGGAGAUGCUCGGAGGGUGCUGCGUGUGUUCUGACGAGAGGGGCUGGACAGAGAAUCCGUUGGUGUAUUGCGAUGGACAGGGCUGCACUGUUGCUGUGCACCAAGCAUGCUAUGGCAUCGUCACUGUACCAACGGGACCCUGGUAUUGUAGGAAGUGCGAGUCUCAAGAACGCAGCGCUCGAGUGCGCUGUGAGUUAUGUCCGAGUCGGGAUGGAGCUCUUAAGAGAACGAACCAGGCUGGAUGGGCGCACGUCGUGUGCGCUCUCUACAUUCCGGAAGUUCGAUUCGGUAACGUGACUACAAUGGAACCAAUUAUAUUGGAGCUCAUUCCUUCAGAAAGAUUUAGCAAGACAUGUUACAUUUGCGAGGAACAAGGCAGAGGUAGCAGAGCAAACGUGGGAGCCUGCAUGCAAUGUAACAAAGCAGGUUGCAGGCAGCAAUUUCAUGUUACCUGUGCACAGGCUCUGGGCUUACUCUGCGAGGAAGCUGGCAACUAUCUCGAUAAUGUCAAAUAUUGCGGUUAUUGCCAGCAUCACUAUUCGAAGUUGAAAAAGGGCGGCAACGUGAAGACGAUACCGCCAUACAAACCGAUACCCGCCGACAACGGUUCGUCGGACUCGUCGCCGGAGAAAGAGGCGGAGACACCGAUAAAAUCGUCGAGCGGCAAGCGGAAAAGCUCGAGUUCCAAGUCAAGCGCGAAUUCUAAAAGUAAAUCCAAUGCUAGUCCCAGUUUAGAGAUAAACGGCGUCGCGGACGACAAGAGCGGUGGUAGCGGUCGUAAUACACCAAAAGACACGUCUACAAGUUCCAGCAAGUUCACGACUUCUAACUUUGUCGAGACUAUUGUCACACAGUCGGAGAGCGUGUUCGGACACGAUGGCAGCGGCACUGUCACCACCGUCGCCACGACGGCAACCGCCCCUGCAAUGAAGACGAACGCCGGUAAUUCAAACGUGGCGCACAAGAACAUUGGGGGCCAGGGAAAAUCCAACUCGUCGACUUCUAACAAGGCGAGUCAUACCAGUAAGAAGAGAAAAACCGGAGCGCGUACGCCGACCGUGAUAGGGAAUGAAAACUCGAAUCAAUCGGCCAGCUCCGAAGCUAGCGGAUCGGUCGUGAUGACGGUCAGCUCUAUGGCGCAGCAGACCGUCCCGAGCAACAAUGUGCAGCCGACAAUCACCGAAGCUACUAGCUUAAGCGUAACGACGGAACCGGAAAAAUCGAAAAAGCGAGCGGUUGAUCUUGCCGCUCAGAAAUUGUAUCUCUGGACAAAUUAUAUCAAUUAUCAAAAAAUGAAAGCCGAGAGCCCGAUUCAAUCGUCGUCGAGCACGCCGGUCGCCACGGAGGCCACCACCACGCCUGUGAUAAUGACGGUGACGCAGUCCCAGUCCUCGGCCGUCACCCAGUCACCGACAACUACGUCAAACAGCAUCGUCGUAUCCGUGCCGUUGAUUGCCACCUCGCUCGCCAGUGCGGUUCAGAGCGUGGUGACAACCUCGCUGACGAUGUAUCAACAGCUGCAGCAGAGCAUAAUCACUACGGCUGCCAAUACCGAGCUGCGAUUGAGUGCAAUAUCGAACGCUGAGAGGCUCGCCGCGGAGGAUGCACCGAUAAAACGAUCUCGUUCCCAAUCGUCAGACAAGCAAGAGAAGCCUCGCAAACCCAAGCGCGGUUCGUCCAACAGCCAACCACCACUGCCGCAGUCACAAACGAUAAACCCGUCAAUCGUAACCUCUGUAUCCAGCACCGCAGUCGUGUCGACGUCCAAGAGGGGUGGGAGAAACAAUCAUCAGACUCCUCCACCCGCCGCCACCGUGGCCCCGGUAUCGUCAAUUAUUCAGGGCCCUGCAUUGGCUACUGUCGGGCACUUCAGUAGCAUCAGUGGCGCAGGCUGCUCUGCGAACAUUAUGGGGCCGACUGUCAAGGAAUCACCGCCUAGCAGUCCUGGAUCAGAGAGUAUGAGUAGUAACACGGGCAAACGAAAGAGGAAAACAGCCGUAUCUACCCCUAUCCCAUCUGCAUCGACUACACCGACCGUUCUUGCUAACGCCAUGAUAAAGGAGGAGAACAACAUAAAACUAUUUCAAAAUGGAGUCAGCGCACCGCACAUGUUGGGGAAUCAAUUGAAUCCUAGUUCAACGAUGGCGCAAAAGAUGUCGGACACACUUUCGCAGGAGCUCGAGGCCCAUUCUAUAUUUACAGAGGCGAGUAACUCCAAUACAAACAUGAUUGGACCGCAGCUGCACAAUCGAGUACUAGCAUCUCAGAUACGAUGUGGCCAACAAAGCAUCCCACCCACUUCAUUUGCCUCGGUUUUCUCUACGAGCGGCGGCAUUACGAGUACAGCCAAUACCAGUGGAGUUUUAGGUAGUGGAGCAAUCCCACAGACGUUAGAUCAGCUCCUGGAGAGACAGUGGGAGCAGGGAAGUCAAUUUCUAAUGGAGCAAGCCCAACAUUUUGACAUUGCAUCCCUGCUUUCCUGCCUACAUCAGUUGAGAGCUGAGAACCUUAGGCUAGAGGAACAUGUAAAUAAUCUCCUGCAAAGGAGAGACCAUUUAUUGGCUGUGAAUGCUAGACUCGCUAUUCCGUUGACAACUCAACCUAGUUCACAUCCAGUGAAUAAUAUACAUCCAACGGUAAAUCCGUCUCAUCCCAAUGUUUCACACUCGGAAGUGCCACCCGGCGCUCCGGCAUCGGUACCUAGAGUGAGCCGCGAACCGCGAGUGAACAACACGUACAUACCUCACUCCAGUACUAGUAAUCAUCCGACGACAUUGGAGAACGGUUUGCCGCCAGAUCCUUCCCCGCCUGCGGCUGCUUCUCUCGCUCAGUAUCACCGAGGAUCAUUGGUUGCGCCUCAACCAAGCCCAACGAUGAGGCACAGUCCGGCUGGAGCUGGAUACCUGCAGGGUCAACCAAGCAACAUAGUAUCACCGGCGCCGGCAAACACUUCCGGCGUGGUACGAAAUUCAUCUGUCACGCCAGAUCCAUUGCGUGGAGUGCCGAGGUCAGCGUCGCAACCAUCGAGCAGUUAUAUGCCGUCGAUGUAUCAGCCCACCAUGUCCAGUCUCACCAGUAACCAAGUAGGCGGAGUUCACAAUCUUCACUCGCAUGGACCCUCGCCGACUAGCCACGGGCCACCGGGCAAGCCCAGCUGAAGGCAUCAUCAUUGAACAGCAAAUCCACAGAUGUACAAAUCUUAGACUGUAAGUUAAUCUAUCGCGUUAAAUAGCAAUAAUACGGUAGGUGUACAUUCUAACGACGGUAACUGCGCGUAUUUCUGGUGGUGCGACAAAAGGAUACCCGAAAUUUUGUAAAAAAUUAAAGGAAAGAGAAAAAAAUAACCGGGGAUCAAGAAAAGAGAAAAUUAAAUUACUGGUUGCAAUAAUUUUGGUAAAUUUGUCAUGCAUGUCAACGAUUCUUGUUAUAUACUAAUGUUCUGUCGAAGAAUCGUAAUUUUAAAAUCGACGGGCUUCACUUAUGCAGCUUUCCUAUUUCUUUACCGUACCACCGUUAUGCACCGCAGCGUGUGUACUAUACGACAAUGAUGAUAUCGAGUGCAACCUAUUUCAAAGCUAAUUUAAUGUAUAUUCUAAUCUUAUACAUACACGUAAAAAAGGGGGAAAUUACCCAAAUAUGUACAAGACGAGCACUGCCUUUCGCCAACAAGAGCUGUGAAGUAGGUUGAUCCCAAUUCGACAUUUUCUAACGAAUGCAUGAUCGUUCCGUUCAACUUCAUUUGCCGUCAUUCAAUUUCCUCUCUCCAUUCAACUUCCCUUUUUCAGCCUGUAGUUUUUAUCAAUACUGUGUCGUCAUUAUGCAUAAAUUUUCGAGGAAUGCAAAUAGAAGGAGACAUUGUGCCAUCAUUUGAUCUACAACAUUAAAGACAUAUAAUUCGACCGUUAUUAUAUCAAUUACUUAAUUGCAUGUUAAUUUGGUGACAAUGACUCUGUGGUCGAUAAUAUAAAUAAUAUUUAAAUACUUGCAGAAAAAAAAAUUAUAAUUGCACAUAAUAUAAUUUGUAUAUUGAAGUUUGUGAUCUUAGUGGAAAAUUGAUUUACUAAAUUAAAUAAUUUAUUUAUAUAAAUUUUAUUUAUUAAUUUUUAUAAAUAAAUUAAAUCCACUCUUCAUCAUUUAAUUCAAUUUACUUAACUCGUUAAUAAAUCAAUUCUGUCAAUUUACAUGUGGAACAGCAUCAACCACGAGAGCAAUUAUGACAUUGUGUAUUUACAGCAAUUGGGAAUUUUGUUUUGAUAAUUUUAUUUUCUUAGUAAUCAGAUUUUGCGGCAAUCUUACAGCCUCGAAAUUAUGACUGUAAUAUUAAUCAAGGGCGUAAUAAAAAAUUACAAACAAGACCGCGAACCACGGCACAGAUCUUGAUAAUGCAAAUAUUUAAAAAACUUGUGAAUACUUGUGCGAUACAUUUUGUAUAUGUAUAUGUGUAUGUAUUGAAAUCGCGAAACACGCGAAUAAUCGUGUAAGAUAUGGGACGCACGAUCGUAUAAAGCCGAAGCUACGUUGCUUAAGAAUGAUGUAAUAUUCGUAUAUGUCAGAAUUGAAAUUCGUUUUGCUGUGCGUCUCCGUGAAAAUAGCCUUCGAUUUUCUAUUCGCACCAUCAUGUGUCUAUGAUUUCCGAGAGCGUGCGACGCCGUGUGCAAAUCGCAAAAUCAAAAGUGCUAGACGGUACGGUAGAACAUUUUUAGGAUAUAAGACUUGAUAAGAAAACAUAAGGUAUUUCGCUCAAAGGCUACGGUAUAUGUAAUAUAAUUUAGCUCGUUUAUAAGUCGGCGAAGAAAUUUGCAUGUGAUACUCCAAACAAAUCACAGAAUGACAUAUGCAAUGUAAAACGACAGUUGUAGAGGGAGGGGGGAGAAAAGAGGAUCGACAAGUGUCCGCUGCGGCUCGAAUGCAUAAUUCACGGAUAACGUCUCUUCGUGUCGUUGAAAUUGCGGAAGACGAGUGGGGGGGG